AUGGCUGAAGCCCAGCUGUGUGGAUUUCAGGAUGAGACCACUUGCUCGGUAUGUCUGGACACCCUGAGUGACCCUGCCACCAUCCCCUGUGGUCACAAUUUCUGUCUGAAGUGUAUCACUAAUUGCUGGAGUCAAAGCCAAGUGUACCGCUGUCCUUUGUGCAGAGAUGUCUUUUUCCCAAUACCUCAGUUGCGCAGAAACACUCUGCUAAAUGAAGUAAUUCAGAAAUUAAAGAAGACAGGACUCGGUUCUAUUACAUCUCAGAAUUAUGCCAGUCCCGGAGAUGUGGAGUGUGAUGCCUGUACUGGGAAAAAAUUCAGAGCGGUAAAGUCCUGUCUAACUUGCCCGGCUUCCUACUGUCAGAUUCACCUGAAGCCUCACUUUGAAGGAGAUGCCCUGAAGCACCACAAGUUGGUCGAUGCUGAUGGAAAUCUAAAGAAGAAACUCUGUGCAAAACAUCAGAAAAGUCUGGAAAUAUUUUGCAAAACAGAUGAGAUGUGCAUCUGCAUGAUGUGUGUGGUGACUGGACAUAAAAAUCAUAAAACAGUAGAGCUGGAGACAGAAAGAGAAGAGAAACUGAAACAGCUAGGAGCGACACUGAGUGUAAUCAGGAAGAGAAUCAAGGACAGAGAGAAGAAACUAGACGAGACGAGGGGGACAAUGGGGCAGUUAAAGAGCCUCCUGUAUGAUGGCUUCCAGAAGAAGGUUGAACAGAAUUUCUCGUCUUGCUGUGUCCUUCCUGCUGAUGGAGACUCACUCAGCUUCACUGUCACUGCUGAUUUCUCUUUUGUGCACCUGCUAAAGGAGCUCUCAUAUCUGAAGAAGAGUCUGGAGAAGAUCAGUGAACGGGAGACCAUGACAUUGACUCCAUCAGGUCGUCAUGCUCCAGUUUUCCCCUUACAGCCUCCAGAACCUCAGAGCAGAGAGGAGUUUUUACAAUACUUCUGUCCCCUCACACUGGACAUCAACACGGCACACAGACGCCUCAGUCUGUCUGAAGGAAACAAGAAGGUAACACAUAAGGGGACAGAGAUCAAAUAUCCUGAUCAUCCUGACAGAUUUGACCGUUGGUACCAGGUUCUAUGCAGAGAAGCUCUAUCUGGGACCCACUCUUACUUUGAGGUGGAGUGGAGUGGACACUGGAUGUCGAUAGGAGUUGCAUAUAAAGCAAUUAACAGGAAUGGACAGGAGAGCAUCCUUGGAUACAGCAACAAGUCCUGGACAUUACGGUGGUUUAAUUCCCAAUACUCUGUGCGUCACAAUAACACAGCCACUGCAAUCAGUGCCCCGUAUAGCCCCAGAAUAGGUGUGUAUCUGGACUGGCCUGCUGGCUGUCUGUCAUUUUAUAGCGUCUCACACACAAUGACCCUCCUGCACAGGUUCAACACCUACUUCACUGAGCCUCUCUAUCCAGGGUUUGGGCUGGAUUAUGAUUCUAGUGUAACAAUCUGUCAUCUCACACAAUGUGGCCACUGA